UUGGAUAUUUUAAGAAAUAAUACUCUCACAUUCCUUCACAUUUCAGAUGGAUUAUCUGCUACGCAAGUUCAGGUUGUGGUACCGAAAUCAUCAUGUCCUUCAGUUCCCGUUGGUUGUGCCGUUUCCAUCAAAGGUCAGUGGCAACCUAGCUCAGGUUCACAACAAGACAUGGAAGUCCUAGCAAACGAGUGCAAAGUCCUAGCUACUGAUGUUGAACCGAGGUAUUCGUCUUUGUCUCCGGAUCAUCUCCGUAAAAGCGUUCAUCUUCGCACACGUUCUCCAGCAUUUGCAGCUUUACUUCGUUUGCGAUCUAGGUUGCUCUCCAUGACGCAUGAUUACUUCGCGAGCCGUGGAUAUGUUCAUAUUGAUACUCCUAUGAUCACCCUGAACGACUGUGAGGGAGCAGGAGAGACGACCUCUUCUACAAGUGAAGAAUUCUUCGAUAAAAAAGAUGUCUACCUAUCUGUUAGCGGCCAACUACAUCUUGAAGCCAUGGUGAGCGGUAUCUCCCAAGUGUACACUAUCAGCACAGGGCUCCGAGCAGAUAAACAACAGAGUAGAAACCAUCUUACUGAAUUUAAGAUGCUGGAAGCGGAAUUGUCAUUUUGCGAUCAUACCUUGAUACAUUCAAUUAUGCUCUUAAUCUUCAUUCUUCUAGGAUUUGGAAACUUUACUAACAUUCAGGGAUACUUGGAGUCCUUACGCUGUAUUGCUGAUGGACCACAAUUUCCACGGGUUCCUUAUGCCGACGCUUUGCAGUUGCUCAUUGAUAAAAAUCAAAAGGUCACAGGAAGGGGAUUCAAUAAGCAGAAUGAAAUGUUUUUGGUUGUUACUACAACUCUCCCGUUUUUGUCACCCAUUUUCCUUCUGAUCAGAACACGAGUUUUUUCAUUUGUACUUCUUUACUCUUUUCAGACAGAGUCGUUUGACUUAAUUUGUCCAGUUGUGGGUGAACUUGCAGGAGGUUCUAUUCGUGAACCAUCAAUAGAAGUACUCCGAAAACGGACUCCUGUUAUUGAUUGGUACUCGGAGCUAAGAGAACGUGGAAAACCAAUAUCUGGAGGCUUUGGAAUGGGCUUUGAAAGGCUUCUGCAAGUUCUACUUGGCGUACAAAAUAUCAAGGACACUAUUCCAUUCCCGCGAUGGUACAAGCACUGCCAGUGUUAA